CUAUCCUCCCAUCCAUUCAUCAAAUUUUCUUGGUUAAGAAGGGACCAGACAUUUCCACACUUGAUGCAUACACCUUCCAAAAUCCAAACUAUGUGAGCAUCUUAUCUUUUUAUCAUUUCAAAUCAUCAUCAUAAUCAUCACCAUUCAUCUUCUUCACUCACAAGGAAUUAUGGCAGCUAACAAGAGCAAUCCAAAUGCUCAGCUUCUUGAAGAACUAGAGGCUCUGAGUGAAUCCCUUUACAAACCAAAUACAUCCACCACCACAGCAAGAAGAACAGCUUCCCUUGUGUUGCCAAGAACUUCAGUUCCAAUUCCACCUGCACAAGAUGAUGAUCACUCUCACAACACAACCAAAGUGGAUGCUGAGAGCAGCACCAACAAGCUGCGAUCACGCGCCCGCCGAAUGUCCUUGUCCCCAUGGCGAUCAAGACCGAAACUUGAGGAGGAGGAUGAUGGCAUUGAAAGUGCCAAGGAAGGAAUCAAAAAGCUUGAUGUCAUGUCAACUUCAGGAGGCGGUGACAACAAUGAGAAGAAAGGAAUUUGGAAGUGGAAGCCUUUGCGGGCACUGUCCCACAUUGGAAUGCAGAAACUAAGCUGUUUGUUCUCUGUUGAAGUGGUCACUGCUCAAGGCCUUCCUUCUUCCAUGAAUGGACUCAGGCUUUCUGUUUGUGUUAGGAAGAAGGAAACAAAGGAAGGUGCUGUUAAGACAAUGCCAUCACGGGUUGCACAAGGUGCUGCUGAUUUUGAAGAGACCCUUUUCAUAAGGUGUCAUGCUUAUUACAGCCAUGGAGGAAGUGGGAAGCAGAAGCUCAAGUUCGAGCCGCGGCCGUUUUCAAUAUACCUCUUUGCUGUUGAUGCUCAAGAGCUUGACUUUGGAAGAAGCUCUGUGGAUUUGAGCGAGUUGAUUGGGAAGUCCAUUGAGGAAAACCAACAAGGAUCGCGGGUUCGGCAAUGGGACACGAGCUUUGGCUUACUCGGGAAGGCAAAAGGAGGAGAACUUGUUCUGAAACUGGGUUUCCAGAUCAUGGAGAAAGAUGGAGGAGUUGAGAUAUAUAGUCCAGUGGAAAAUUCCAAGUCCAGCAAGUUGAGUAGUUUCUCAUCUUCUUUCGCUCGUAAACAAUCCAAGAGUUCUUUCAGCAUGCCUAGUCCCAGAAUGGCAAGUAGAAAUGGUCCAUGGACUCCUUCGCAGGCAGCAACAGGAGGUGAUAUUCAAGGGAUGGAUGAUUUGAAUCUUGAUGAUCCAAACCCAGUUCAGGAUUCCUCUUCCUCUAUCCAGAAAGUUGAAGAAAGUAAGGAACAGGAGGAGGAUUCAGAUCUUCCGGAUUUCGAGGUUGUUGAUAAAGGGGUUGAGGUUCAAGAAAAGGAAGAUGGUGGAGGAGAGGAAUCUGAGGAACCUUUAGAAGCAAAAUCAGCUGCUUCAGGUGAGGACCGUGAGGUUGUGAAGGAAAUAGUGCAUGAUCAUUUGCACCUUAAUAGAUUGUCUGAGCUUGAUUCAAUUGCCCAGCAGAUAAAAGCUCUUGAGUCUAUGAUGGGAGAAGAUGAUAAGUUUAUGAAAAUAGAGGACGAGACUGAGUCACAGUCACAAAGGCUAGAUGCUGAUGAAGAAACUGUUACUAGGGAAUUUCUUCAGAUGCUUGAGGAUCAAGACAGCGGAGGGUACUCAAACUUAUUCAAUCAACCUGAAAUUCCACCUUUACAACUUGAAGAAGGAAACAAUGAUUCUUCUGCAGAUGAUGGAGAAUCCAAUGUGUAUCUUCCUGACCUAGGAAAAGGCUUGGGUUGUGUAGUUCAAACAAGGGAUGGAGGCUUCUUGGCUUCCAUGAACCCUUUAGAUACUGCUGUGUCUAGAAAAGAUACUCCAAAGCUUGCAAUGCAGAUGUCCAAGCCUUUUGUGUUGGCAUCACAUGAAUCCCUGAGUGGGUUUGAGUUGUUUCAAAAACUGGCUGGCAUUGGUCUUGAUGAACUCAGCUCUCAAGUUUUAUCCCUGAUGCCAAUAGAUGAACUGAUGGGAAAAACUGCAGAGCAGGUUGCAUUUGAAGGCAUUGCUUCUGCCAUCAUUCAAGGAAGGAGCAAGGAAGGAGCCAGUUCCAGCGCCGCUCGCAUAGUUUCUUCCUUGAAAAGCAUGGGAAUAAUGAUGAGUUCAGGAAGGAAAGAACGAAUAUCAACAGGGCUUUGGAAUGUUGAUGAAGAAUCAGUUACCGCAGAGAAGCUUCUGACGCUUUCCAUGCAGAAGAUUGAGUCCAUGACAGUAGAGGCAUUGAAAAUUCAAGCUGACAUGGCUGAGGAAGAAGCCCCAUUUGAUGUUUCUGCCCUCAGCUCAAAGAAAGGGGACAGUACUGGGAAAGAUCUUUUGGCUUCUGCUGUUUCACUUGAGGAUUGGAUUAGAGACCAAAGCCACAACAAGAGUGCUCCAAAAUCUGAGAGUGAACCAGAACGAGUCACACUGAUAUUGGUUGUCCAAGUGAGGGAUCCAAUUAGACGCUAUGAAGCAGUUGGUGGACCGGUGAUGGUAGUUAUUCAUGCUACUAGUGAUAAUACUAAGGGGAAUGAGGAGGAGAAAAGGUUCAAAGUAAUGAGCAUGCAUGUGGGAGGUUUCAAGGUGAGGAGUGCCACAAAGAAGAAUGCAUGGGACAGUGAGAAGCAUAGACUAACUGCAAUACAAUGGUUGGUUGCACAUGGGUUGGGAAAGGCAGGGAAGAAAGGGAAACAAGCAUUGGCAAAAGGGCAAGACCUGUUAUGGAGCAUUUCCUCACGGAUUGUUGCUGACAUGUGGCUCAAAACCAUGAGAAAUCCAGAUGUUAAGCUUGUAAAGUGAUUAGCAAACAUGAACUUAGUUAUAUAUAGAGGAGUCAUAAGCUUUCCACUUUUACUUUUGUUUUUGGCCUGUUGUAAGUCCAUAUAUGUUGAUUUGGUUGGAUUUUACAUGAGUACAUAAGCAUGUAUUUGUGCAUUGCGCAUAGACAGCUGAAGUUACAUGUAAGUACUAACUAGUUCUUUUUCCUUCUAUUGUACCAGUUUAAAGAUACUUGUAAUAGUAAAAAUUAUAAAUUACAUA